CCGGAAGCGGAAGUGGCCGCUGGGCCGCGGUGGCGGGUGAAGGUUUGCUCCCAGGGAUGGGCUCCAAGGCCAAGAAGCGCGUGGUGCUGCCCACCCGCCCGGCGCCCCCCACGGUGGAGCAGAUCCUGGAGGACGUGCGGGGGGCGCCCGCCGACGACCUAGUCUUCACCGCCCUGGCCCGGGAAGACCCCCCAGCCCCCUCUGGGAGGGCCGAGGACACUGAGGCCGAGCGGGAGCAGCUCUACCAGCAGAGCCGGGUCUACGUGGCCACGAACCAGCGGCUGUGGCACGUGGGCGCCCAGCUGAAGCAGCAACGUGAGGAGCUGCGGCGGGCACGCGAGGAGCUGGAGCAGGAGGUCAGCCACGUGGGCCAGGUGGCUCUACCGGGCGCCGCGGCCGCCACCUGCUUGGGCUGACCCGGCUCCCCGGGGCCUCGGGUCCUCCGCUCGACACCUGGCCUGGCGCACCUCACCUGACACCUUGCCCCUGGGUCCCGGAACCAGGGUCCAGGCUCUCUGUUCCGCGGCCUAGGCACGCCUGGCACCCAGAGACCCCGGGGGACACAGCCUGCCCAGGGGGUGGGGCUGCCUCAGCCAGGCACAGGCCCCUCCCCGAGGGUGGGGUCCGGGUUAUGCGCAUGCCCCUCGCCCUGAGGAGCCCCGACUGGACUUCCUGCGGGGCCCAGCCCCCGAGGGCCCUCCGUCCAUCCUCCCUUCCGUCCUCUGGCGACCCUGCUUCACUGCGCCCCCAUCAAGCUGAGCUGGUGGGACCCACCCCUCCGGUUCUGCCGUCUCCGUGUGAACUGGGGGUCCCAGGGGUCCCAGAAGAGGGUGGGGAGUUCAGUGUCCUCCCUGACGCGUGGUGGCUGAGGUUAUGUGAGGAGCUGUGGCCCCCCCAGGGCCCAGAUCUGAGAUGGGGCCUCGCGGUGGGUGCCACCCCUCAGGGCCCCGGCACCCCAACCCAGGGCUUGGGCGCUCCCUCAGGGCACUUGUCUGUCCGUCAGCUGUGGGGUUCUGUCACACGGGGGCGCCAUGAGAGGACGUGGUGGUCAGUCCACUGCCCCGGGCCAUCACCCAGCUGCCCUCCUGUCCGUGCACCUUCGUCUGCGGACAGGUGGGUGGUGGGGCAGGAGAGGAUCUUGAAAAGGGCAUCACCCUAAAAAACCCAUCCCAUGAAGACCAGAGAAGCAGUAGGCCGGCGGAAGGUGGCCCUGGGGCCAGGCCCGUCAUGGAUGAGCCCGAGUCCCUCCGAUGAAAUCCCCGUGUGUAGCUGCCUGAACAGUGCCCCGAUGGACCACUCCUUUGCAGGGUCCCCGGAAGCUCGGGGCAGUGCUGGGACCCAGCACACAGGGCCCUGACAAGGGAGACCCUGCGCAUCCCAGGAAGAAAGAGUGUCU